AUGUCUCAAAAAGAUUACUUGGUUUUAUUACGUCUUUGGUUAUCCCCUUAUAACCACCAACUAUAUUCUUUAGAAGGUGGCUCUUCUCCAAAGCAAAUUUCUAUACCUUUGCCAAAUCUCUCACAUCAUGUUGUUUCCAAUUCUUGCAACGGAUUAAUGUGUUUGUACACAGAUUUUUCUUGUGGAAGAGAUGUUUUUCUAUGCAAUCCAACAACGAAAGAGACGAGGCUUCUUCCAUCGUCAUGUUUGGCUGCAAAAAUCAAAGAUGGUAUGAUACUAGGUGUCGGAAUGGGACAUGAUUAUAGAAACAAUGAUUUAAUUAAGGUUGUUAGGAUGUGGAUUAGCUACCACAAUUGUCGUUGUAAAAAUUAUAUUGUUGAAGAAUAUGAUUUAAGAAGUGAUUCUUGGAAGAUAAUUGAAAGUGGUAAUCCAUGGAGUUGUGAAUUUGAUACUUGUUCUUUUGCAAUGCAUUUCAAAGGGGUUUAUUAUUGGUGGGGAAAAGUUAAAGGCUUGAUUACAACAAUUGUUAGAUUGGAUGUAGGAGGUGGAAUUCUUACCAAGGUGGCAUUGCCAAAAGAUGUUGAUAUUAGUUCUUCAAGUGGAAGAUAUUUAGGUGUUUUGAAUGAAUAUAUAACAUUGGUUUGUCGUAAUUGUUGUGAUCAAAAUGCAAACUUUGACAUUUGGGCAAUGCAUGGAGGUGGUGGUGUGGAUUCUUGUUGGACCAAAGUUAGAACUAUAAAGCAUAGUUCACCUUGUGUUCCACUAGUAUUUUGGGAGAAAAAUGAGCUUCUUUUGAAAAUGUUUGAUAAGGUGAAAUCUUAUAAUGUUGAUACUAAGGAAGUUCAUAAUGUCAAUUUUGAGAAUGAAGGAAGAGGAAUUGUUGAUAUAUGUGAGGCUAUAUUUUGUGUCAAGACUCAAAUUUCAGUGAAUCCUCCUCUACCAAUAAUGAUUUAG